CUCUAUCUCAGUAAAAGGUACCAUUAUCCCUCCAUCUAAAUACUGAAGCCAGAAAUUCAAGUACAAGUCAACCUUAAUACCUUGAUUCCUCUCUCUUCCUCAUUCUCAUAUCCAUCUAUCAAGCACCAAGCCUUGACAUUUCUACCUCCAACAUAUUCUCAAAUCCUGGUCAUUCCAUCUCCACUGCCACUACCUUAGUCUAAGUUACCAACCUGUGUUACUUGCCUGCAAUGGACUCUUAACUGGUCUGCUACUCACGUGCACUAUUGCCCCUCUGAUAAACUCUUCACCUAAUAGCCAGAAUGACAUUUUAAAAAUGUCAUGUCUCUCUACUGCCUAUAAAGGUUCACUGGUUUCCUGCUGCACUUAAAAGUCACCUUCUUCAACCUCACUUCAUGCCCUUCCCCUGGCUCCCUGGGUCUCCACCCCAGCCUCCAUUCAGUUCCCAGAUAAUACUAAACUCACUACUGCCACAGUGCCUUAGUACACACUCCCUGUCAGCCUCCCCAUUCUCAUUCUUUACACUACUAGAUUUUUUCCCAUUCUUUGGUUCUCAGCAAAAUGUUCCUUUCUCAGACGACCUAACCACUCUAGCUAAAGUAAGUUAGCCCUCCUCUAACCUCAUUCACCCUUACAACAUUCUAAUGUAUUCAGGCAUCUCAGCACAAUGUUAUUUUAUUCACAUUUUUAUUGUCUGUCUUCCCCUCACUAGGAUAAGCUCUGUGAAGAUAGGGACUGUUAAUCUUGCUCACAAAGAGCAAGACUUAGCAUAAUGUCUGCCAUUUGCUCAAUAAAGGUUAAUAAAGAAAUGGAAGGGGAAAAAGGGAGAGAAGACAAGAUCACUCCUUACUCCUUACCACCCAGGUGUAAGCCACCAUCUCUCAUCUACAUUGCCACACAAGCCUGCCUACCGGUCAGUCUCCCUGCCUCUAAGUUCCCCCUGCUAUCGAUACUCAACACAGCGGAGUGAUCAUUUUAAAAGACUGGAUCACUACUCUGCUUAAAACAUGUUCACCAUCUCAGAGUACAAGUCAAAGUCCUUACACUAGCUUCCAAGUCCCUACAUGUGGCCUCAUCCUGUUUCCUCUGACUUUAAAUUUGCCCCACACCCCCACUCUGAUCCAGCCACACUGGCCCCUUUACUAUUCUUUGUACAGGCUGGGGAUACCGAGCUUCAGGAGUUUUGCCUUAGCCAUUCCCUCUGCCUGCAAGGCUCUUCCCCCAGAUAUCCUCCUAGCUAACUCUUGCCCAUUCCAAAUCUUAGCUCAACAGUCACUUCCUCUAUUAGGCCUAUCCUAACCAUUGUAUUUAACAAACUACAGAAAUGAUUCCUCAAAGUAUUUAAAAUUGCAACCCCCACCGCCACAUUGCUCCUUUAUGACAUGCUUUAACAUGUCAUAUGGUCAUUAUGUUCUCUGUCUCCCUCUUCCAACCUCCACUAGAAUGUUAGCUCCACGAGGGCAGAAAUCUUUGUCUUAUUCACUUAUGUAUCCCAAGCCCCUAGAACCUAGCAAAUGUUUAGUAAAUAUUUGCUGAAUCAACAGAUGAGAAAGAAUUUCAGUGAACGCUUAAAAUAUACUUUUUAGUUCACAAGCACUUAUCACAUUCUGAUCCUUAUUGCACAGCAAACCAUGGAGGAAAUUACUGCCUGUCUAUCCCUGGAAAUGCUAAUAAACUAUUAUUUUAGUAUUUGGUAAAAGGAUAUGGCUCUGAAAUUAUUUUAGGCACAAGGUUUCUGGGCCCAGUUGAUUUAACAUUUUCUAGAUACUUAAUUUAUGCCAGACACUGCAAGCUGCUGGGGUUACAAGGCUAAGUAAGACAAAGUCCUCCUCCUCAAUAGGAUCUUAGUUCAUGAAGUGGGACAAGGACAUAGACAUUACAGUAUGGUUCAUAAUCAUAUAGAGAGGUUAAGUACAAGUUUUCAUUGGAACAAGAGAGGUGCCUAAGUUGGAGAGCUUAAGAAAAAGAGGAUAAGGAAAGCUUGUUAGAAACAUAACAUUGAGGCCACAUCUUGAAGGUGGACAGGUCAGAGAAAGGCAUUGCAGCCUAAGGGAAAACAGCCUAUUUCCGGAAGCCAGGAGAAUGCCUGCCCUGUGUAAAAUAUAAUGCUAGGAAAGAGUUAAGUUAAAGACAUGUGGGUGGAGAUGAUGGUGAAAAGGUAGAGGUAGCUGGUCCUCAAGGGCUUUAUGACUCACCAGAAGAAGUCUGGAUUUUAUCCAGUAGAGGAGGUAGCUUCUGAAGGAUGUGAACAAGUGUAUGACAAUUACUUAAUGUGGAGGAAAGACUGGAGAGGCAAAACUAGAGACGGACAGUCAGGGGUUGUUGCAUGGGUCUGAGGGCCUGAUCAAGAACAAUGAAAAGAGAGAUAGAGAGGGGUGGAUUUAAUAAGUAUUUAUUUAUUCUAUAAAAUUAUCCUGGCCAUCAAUCAGAUGUAGAGGGUGAGAAAGAAAACUAAGGUUUCCAGUUUAAGCAACUGAAUAGAUAAUUCACAGAUGAUAAUCCGAAGGCAGAGAAAUUUACAUAAGAAACAGAAGAUUUAGGAAAUCAUAGCAUUUUACUGAAUUCAAGCAGCAGGGUGUUUAGAGUCAGAGGAGGGCAGAGGAUGGAACCCUGGGGAAACAUCAGGACUUAAGCGGGGGUGGGGGGUGGGGGGGGUGGGGAGUGGGGCAGAAAAAGUAUAAUAGAGCCAUGGAAUUUGUCAACAGCCUGCUAUCCAGAUUUCCAGGCUCUGAUCUACAUAGAGAGGAGGUGCACGCAACGAGACAAACGGUGGGAAAAUAGCUGCAGCACAUGAUUUCCAACAGCACCUGUAGAACACUACAGCAAUGGAAGCCCUUCAGAAGUGAGCGUGUAUGUCUCCUCUCAUUGCUACAAUUCUGGCGCCUGAGCUCUCACGGAGCCUUGUGAUACCUGCAGCGACAGGUAAUGGGAUGAAAACUGGCGAUGUGGGAAAGGGAUCCACAAAGUUUCACAAAAUCAUAUACCAUCCGUGGCUGCCCUUUUAAAGAAAUGGGAAGAAUUACCCAAUGACCUUAGCUCUACACCUGUCCUCCGUUAGGCCACCAUACUCAAAGACCGCGCCGUUCUCCACCCUAAACCGUCCCAGAUAAAUUAACACAAGGAAAUCACACAGGUUGCGGAGUCCGGCCCUCCACUCAGGUUCGGGUCCCCUCCCCUUGCCUCUCCUAUCAAACACUUCCUUUCUCCCUUCCGGAAGCUCGAGGCCCCACCCACCUCCGCAACGCCGGGCCUUAGCCAAUGGCCUGCUUCCCAAGGAACGUUACCUCUGACCUCAGGGCUAAUCAGAGACAGUGAGACAAACUCCUCGCGAGAGGUGAGGUUGAAGCUGCCUCCGCCAUCUUGGAGAUGGGAGACGGGCGAUGGCUGUGGUCCUUCUGCUAAUGCAAACAACAAAACGGGCACAAUAGUCAACCCGAGUGAGCUUAUCAUCACUGUAACUGUUGACCAAAGCUACAGAAGAAGCGAGGGUGUCAAAGCCCAGCGCGGCGACAUUGAUAGCAGCUUCUCCUGCCUGCGGGAGCGGCAGAAGUGAAGUGACUGAAGACCGGAAGGAUGGUGCAGUCCUGUUCCGCCUACGGCUGCAAGAACCGGUAUGAUAAGGAUAAGCCCGUUUCUUUCCACAAGUUUCCUCUUACUCGACCCAGUCUUUGCAAAAAAUGGGAGGCAGCUGUCCGAAGGAAAAACUUUAAGCCCACGAAGUACAGCAGUAUCUGUUCGGAGCACUUUACUCCUGACUGCUUUAAGAGGGAGUGUAACAACAAGUUGCUGAAAGAGAAUGCUGUACCCACAAUAUUUCUCUGUACCGAGCCACAUGACAAGAAGGAAGAUCUUCUGGAGCCACAAGAACAGCUUCCCCCGCCUCCUUUAACACCUCCCAUUUCCCAGGUCGAUGCUGCUAUUGGAUUACUAAUGCCUCCUCUUCAGACCCCUGAUAAUCUCUCUGUUUUCUGUGACCACAACUAUACUGUGGAGGAUACAAUGCACCAGAGAAAAAGGAUUCAUCAGCUAGAACAACAAGUUGAAAAACUCCGAAAGAAGCUCAAGACUGCACAGCAGCGGUGCAGAAGACAAGAACGACAGCUUGAAAAAUUAAAGGAGGUUGUUCACUUCCAGAAAGAGAAGGAUGACAUAUCAGAGAGAGGUUACGUGAUUUUGCCAAAUGACUACUUUGAAAUAGUUGAAGUGCCAGCAUAAAAAAAUGAUGUUUGUAUUGGUUUUUAAUGGGGCAACACCACACACCCUCUUCUAGCCUAUAAAGGAGUUUCAUUUGAAAAAAUAACAAUUGAUUACUUGUAUAAAAACAAUUCAGAAUAUUUUUUUAAAAAAAUAAAUUAGAUAUAUACUAUAAAAUUGUAAGUUUUUUGUUUGUAAUUUCAGGGUUUUUACAUUUUAACAAAAUAUCUUAAAAGUUAUAAACUAACCUCAGAACUCCAAUAUAAGUUGGUUUCAAAUUGAGGAGUUUGUUUUUUGGGUAUUUAUAGAAAUGUAAAAAUGAAAAGUGUGAAGUGAAUGUGAACAGUAUAGCAAGGACAAUUUAAGUUUAAAAUUUAAAAUUAAUGCAGGUUCUUCAAAGAAUUUAGUUACAUUGUAAGUCAGAGUAUAGUCAGAUCACAAGAUGUAACUUCUCAGAAUAUAUAUAUUCUUAUUCGUAAAGUCAGAGGAUUUGUUUAUCUUUCUUAAUCACUUGUCAAAGAUAAAUUGACAAGUCAAUACUUAAAAAAAUAAAUUGGUUGUCUUCAGAGCAGAAAAUGAAGGGUCAUUCUAUACCUAGUCAAUAGGAGUAAAUAAGUAUGAAUUUUUAAAAGUGGGUCCAUCUUUUUUUCCCCACUGUCUAGCAUUAUUAAAUUAGAAGCAUAUCUCCCGUGGAAGAGACAUUCUUCAAUAAAGUAGGCGUUGUUAUUAAUAAAGUAAUAAAAAUGGGGGACCUGAUCCACAGUAUGCCUUUUCUUUCAUUCUCCCCACCCUUAAGGAGCAUCUAGUUCCCAACUGUAUCCAAAUCUCUGACAAAUGUGUUGUCAGCAGAGUUUGAUUUGUACCAUAAUAUGACCAAUUGAUUUUGGUUACAUCUUCACAUAAAAAAGGAUUUCUUCACUUUUAACACAAGUUAGAAAUUAUAUCCCAUUUACUUAAUUGAGUGAUUUGUAUUCCAGAGCAACCUAAUACAUAGUGUUUAUGUCACUGAAUGUUGAAAUUUAAACACUGAAGUUUCUAUUCAAACUAUGAGAUGUAUUCUGACUUUGUGAGAACUUUUAGUUACAUAUUUGAAAUGAAAAUAUGUUCUGAGUAAACAAAUACUGCCUUAGGAAUUACCUACUUAGAUUUAGACUAAUUGUUCCAAUUACGAUUAUUUUAUAUUUCAAAGUACACUGAGAUAGUUGAAGAGUAACAGGCCUUUUAAGGCAGUAUUAAAAAUAUGAAACAGUGACAUUCAAAAGUGUCUUUUGUAGAGUGGUUUUCAAUGUAAUUUACUGCUGUGCUACCAGUGGAUAAUACCUUGAUUUUUUAUGAACCAGUAUUUUAAAAAUAGAAAAUUAUAAUCAGAAGAUUACUUGAAGUUAUAUGGUCUGAUAACAUACAGAAUUAACUCUAAUGAAUCAGAAGAUGUUUUCUAGUUACUCAUGGAUCUCAUCACUGUUUUGGAAAUCCACAAGUAGUUUGGUUUUAUAUUUCAUCUGUCUAGCAAUUCCUGGAGGAUAUAUGAGUAAACAUCUUGCAAAGCAUAUAUCUUAUUGUCAUCUACAUAAAAGGAAACGUGUGUGUGUUUGUGUGUAUGUGUCCCCAAAACCAAGAAUCCAACAUUGAAUUGUAAAAGUGGCAAUCCUAAUUACUUAGCAUCUUAACAUUAUGAUUUAACCUGAAGUUUCUUUUCAUAACAAACAUAAAUCUCUAUUUGGAGAGAACUGAGCAAGCAGCAUGUAUACCAGCUUUUUGCAUUUAAAUAAAUAUCAUAGUUUAACAUAGGGAGUUUGAGGUACAGGUGGUUCUUUCUGAAAAUGAGAUGUAAUAUUUGGUGAAUGUUUUAAAAAUUCAUUUUGGCUACUGUAUUGUUUUUUACAUUGCCAGGUGAAGGAAAUAGGUCCUAUUCAAACAUGAUGAAACUCAUUCUGAAACAAAUGGACACAGUCUCAAUCUGGAACAAAUGCGGGGAAGACUCAUGUGAACUGCAGCAUAUUCUGAAAGAUGACAUUUAUUUUAAGCAUACAGUAACAUACUAAAAUUUCCAUUUGUGUGUGAUGAUGUAAUCUGGCAAUAAUGGUGAGAAGAAAUAACUUUCUUAAUAAAACUGUUAGGAAAACUAUGAAAUCAUAGAAUUUUAGAAUUAGAAGGGACUUAGAAAUGACUGAACACUAGCCUAACCUCCAAACCCUGCAGAAAUCUGUUUGUAAAAUAUCUGUGACAAGUGGUCAUCUGUUCUCUGAUUACUAUUUACAUUUAAGCAGUUAUUCUUCUCAGAUUCUUUAAAAUGGGUUUCUGGAUUAGGAUAGAAUUAAUUGCCAUUCUUUUUAUACUUGGUUGUAGUGGGAAAAAAAAACUUCACUUUGAACUGCUGCAUAGUUUGAACCGUCAAAUUCUGAGUUAAAGAAGUUUUAAAAUUUUGUAAAAUAAUUUAAAUGUUUAGUAACUGUAUAUCUGUUAUGUGAACUAAAAAUAAUUGUCAUUGCAGUAAAGAAAGUGGUGUUUUAAAAUUUUGGGCAAAACUUUUUACUUGGAAGUCCAAGUACAUGAGAUCUUUUUUUCUCUUAACUUUAAUUUGUGUAAUCCCUUUCUUAGAAGUGUGACAGAAAUGGUGAAAGCAAAUGAAAGUUUCCCUUGAUAUGGAUUUUUUUUGGUUCAAUUAAUAUUCUCUGAUCAUCUCUAGCUCUUAAAAAUAUUAUACAUACAUACUCAACACCUAUGGCUUUUAUAAAGUCAGGAGUAAGCAGCAUAGGACAAUAUACUUAAAAGUCCAUAUGAUCUGUAAAAAGAAAACUCCCAUUUAUGUUCCAGAAUUUUUAAAAGACAGCCAUCCAUGAAUAGCAUUUAAAGGAAAAAGCAGAUUUACAAAUCUGCUUGAUUAUUACUCUUCCUGAUAAUUGGCAACCAUGUGAAUUGGAUAACCAAUAAAUGAAGAGCAUUGCUCUUGUGAUGGUAACUGGCGUUUCUGGGCAUUAUGAUUUUAUAUAUGUGUCUUAAAAUACAAUCCUCAAUGUGAAAGAAAAAUAUCAAAAAGCAAACAGUGAUUUACAAAAAAGCAAAAACAGUUAUAAUUACUGUACUUAAAAUAAUGGAAAAGUUUGCUCUUACAAUUCCAUGUCUUGCUAUCUUUUUUACCUUGGAUGUUGUUUUAUUCUAUUGAGAUUUUUUUCUGAAUGAUAAAUAUUUUUUAAACUCAAAAAAAUCUUUGAGAAUUUUUAUUCUUUUCUAAAUUCAUAGUAUUUGGGGCUUUGAGAUUAUCAAAAUUUCAUUUUUAAAAUCUCCUAAGGUAUAUGA